AUGAUUCGUGUAAACUUGCUUGCGUUGUUUUCAACGCUAAUAAUAUGUGGAUUUUGUGGCAAGGAUUUUGUAUCGUUGGGCCGUCACUCGUGGCGCUGUAAAAGCAAAGUGGAAUAUGGGCAAGAAACCAGAGUAAAUGCUAUUCCUGCUAUAGAAAUCCCUUCACAAGAAUGUUUGCCGGUUAAAUCUUACAAGGCUGUUAAAUGUUGCUGUGGUAAAGUCUGCAAAGGGGCGCGCGGUCUUAAAAUGCACCAACGAAGUUGCAGAGUUAUUGAUGACCUUGAAGACGAGCUACAACAACAAAUGUCGGAAGUAUUAACUGAACAUCAGAAUGAGGAUAAUGUAGACUCAGUUAACCCUGAAAUAUCACAUAUAAACACGCAAGAAAACUUCCCUGACUUAAAAAAAGGAAUCAAACUACCCAAAUCGCCAUUACAAUGGUCAACUGCUAACGACUUUUUCAAACUAACAUUUUCAAAUCUUCCAAUCACACCGCGGGAUUUAAAUAAUAACAUUAACACCAUGGCAACAGUCGUCUAUAACUAUUUCAGCGAGAAUUUUGGAUAUGUCAACAAUCAUAAUGAUGUUCAAUACCAAAGAAAAUAUGAAAGCUUUUCAACUAAAGAUUUGAAAAAAUCAUUAAAGAAAUUAAAAUUAGAAAACGGAGAUAUCUUGGAGAUCAAGUUUGUCGCAAAGAAACUGCGCAACCUUCUUAAUAAGUCUAAUACUACGGACCCAAAUAACACUGAUAGUCAUGCGUCUGCAAAUAUUGAUCACGACAGUCUGAUUGGUAAAAGUUUCUGGGGUUUCGUUAAACGAUUUUUCAAAAAGAAUACUAGCUCAUUUCCAUCAUUUAACCUAGCAGAAUGUACAUCAUAUUUUACCAAAACAUUGUCCGCGAUUAGCCCAACUAAAACAUUCAACAUCCCCAGUUGGAUCCCAAAAUUUGCAUCUCCCCAGACGCCUUUUAAUCUUGACCCCCCGACCUAUCAAGAGAUUACAAAUGUCAUCCGUAAAAUGAAACCGUCUGGCUCACCAUGUCCACUUGAUCAAAUAUCUAUCAUCUGUUUUAAACGCUGUCCUUAUUUACGCUCGUACUUAACUGAGAUAAUCCACGCAGCCUGGUCUUGCGGUGUUGUCCCGUCUGAAUGGAAGAAAGCAUGCACGAUUCUAAUUCAUAAGAAAGGAGAAACAGCAAACCCAGCGAACUUUCGACCCAUUACUCUCGAAUCUGUCCCACUCAAAGUUUUCACAUCAUGUCUUCGCAACAGGACAUUUCAGUUUCUUGCAGAAAACAAUUACAUUGAACAGAACAUACAGAAAGGUUUCACUCCAAAACUCUCAGGAACACUAGAACACACAGCACAGUUGGCACAUAUCAUUAAUAAAGCGCGAGUAAAACAACGAUCACUUAUCAUAACACUAUUAGAUCUCAAAAAUGCAUUCGGCGAAGUCCACCAUAACCUUAUUUAUGAAGUCCUUCAAUAUCACCACAUUCCCGAUCACAUAAAGAAUCUUGUCAGUAGCCUUUAUACUGAUUUCCAAACUUCCAUAAUAACUGAACAGUUCAAUACUUCCUUCAUUACAGUCGGUCGUGGUGUCCUUCAAGGCGAUUGUCUCAGUCCUCUUUUAUUCAACAUGUCUUUCAAUACCUUUAUCCAACAUAUUAAAUCGGAAAAAUACCGUCAACUUGGAUUUUGGAAAUCCAGCGAAAACGGUACCCCAUUAAAUCCUCUUCAUUGGUUCCAGUUUGCCGACGACGCGGCUGUUGUUAGCGGCCAAGAAAAAGAAAACCAAAUGCUCCUUAAUCGCUUUACAAUCUGGUGUCAGUGGGCUCAAAUGAUAAUACGUGUAGACAAAUGUUCAACAUUUGGCAUUAGGAAACAAGUAACCAAAUCCAUUCAAUAUCUCCCAAAACUAUUUAUAAAUAACUGUCUUGUACCACGUGUUGAACUUGGUAAAUCGUUUCGCUACUUAGGUCGCUAUUUUGAUUUCAACAUGUCCGACGAAGAUCACAAAUCUGAAGUAUAUGACACACUUACUAAUAUCCUGAAUGAAAUUGAUGAUCUACCAUUACAUCCGAAAAACAAAAUUCUCUUAUACAGUCGUUAUGUGCUUUCCAAAAUCUCUUGGCACUUCACUGUUUCUGACAUAGGCAAAACCUGGGUUAACGAUAAACUAGAUAGUAUCGCGUCCACGUAUAUCCGAAAAUGGCUUGAACUUCCUAUUUCUGCAACCCUUAGUAACGUCCUACUUCCCCACAAUAAAUUUGGAUUAAAUAUCAUUCUACCUUCAACCAAAUUCCUUCAAUGCCAAACUGUUUCUCGGAAAGCCCUAAAGUCGUCGCCAAAUGAAGCGAUCAAUAACCUUUGGAAGGAUACUAGCAAUCACAAAAAUGUACAAUAUGACAAAUACAAAAACACCAAGGACGUAUUAAACACCAUCAGGAAACAACAUGAAGACAAGCUUCAACACCACCUCAUUUCACAAGGCUCAUUUUUCUCCAAUAUCAUUAAACAUUCUACACUCUCAUUCAACUCUAUAUGGUCCUCCGUUCAGAGUAAACUUCCCAAGAAUAUAUUUAACUUCACUAUCCGGUAUAUAAAUAACACUCUUCCGACUCGCAAAAACCUUCUGAAAUGGGGAAUAUCACCAACAUCGGAAUGUUCGUUUUGUUUGAAUCCAGAAUCACUUCUUCACGUCGUCGCUGGAUGCAAGACCUACCUAAAUGAAGGACGUUUCACGUGGCGUCAUGAUUCGGUGCUUAACUUCAUAGCAUCCAUACUUAAAUCUGUGAACCAUUGUAACCUUUAUGCUGACCUUCCUGGCUAUAUCAGUCCAUCUGUUAUCACUGGAGAUGAAUUGCGCCCUGAUCUUUUGAUAACACUUGAAAAUAAAUGUAUUUAUAUACUUGAACUUACCGUCGGAUUUGAAUCUAAUCUCCUCACUAAUGCAACUCGAAAAAGACAAAAAUAUCAAGAUCUAAUUAACGAACAGCUCAAAAAUUAUGAAAAAGUGAAAUUUGUAAAUUUAUCGAUUAGCUCAUUAGGAGUUUUCAGCCACCCGUCGCUAGAUUUCACCGAAAUGCUGAAGGAUCUAAAGUUUGAUGAAUAA